AUGGUUGCCCCCGCCACAAUUGCACAAGGCAGCAGCACCCAGAGAGGAGGAAGCAGGAGGGAGAUAUCCACCGGCACCCAGGCAGAGUUAUUUAAGCACCCGCCACCCCUGAGUGGCCCCAGAGGAGGUGGCAGUGGCCCGCUCUGUGCCAGCAUGGUCAUGGCUGGGCUGUUCAUCCUCAGCCUGGGAGGCUCCGUCCUGCUCCCAGCACUGGCCCCAGCAGGCACCCAGGGCAGCCGGAUCAUCGGGGGAAAGGCGGCGGUACCCCACUCCUGGCCCUUCACCGCCUCUAUCCAGAUGGAUGGGCAGCAUUUCUGCGGGGGCUUCCUGGUGUGGCCCAAGUGGGUGAUGACAGCAGCCCACUGCCUCAUUCCCAGGCGCAACCCCUCGGUGCGCGUGGUGCUGGGCGCCCACAGGCUGCAGGAGCCCGAGAAGUCCCAGCAGGUCUUCAGCAUCGUGGAGUCCAUCGCCCACCCACGCUACAACCCCGGCUCAGUGGACAACGACAUCCGCCUGCUCAGGCUGAACAGGUCGGCCACACUGAACGAGUACGUGAAGCGGGCCCGCCUGCCCUCACCGCACAUCGACCUGAAGCCCGGCACUGUCUGCAAUGUGGUGGGGUGGGGGGACAUCUCUAACUAUGGUGACCAGCCCACCGAGCUGAUGGAGACUGUCACCACCAUCGUCAAGCGGAGACUCUGCCGAACGCUGUGGAAGGGCAAAGUCUCGCCCAACAUGCUGUGCGGGGCCAGCCGCAACACCACGCUGCAGGGCGUCUGCGCGGGCGACUCUGGGGGACCCCUGAUCUUCAAGAAAAAGGUUUACGGCAUCGUCUCGUUCUCUGGGGAGAGAUGUGGGGACCGCAGGUACCCUGACAUCUACACCAAGAUCUCCAACUACAUCGACUGGGUGAAUCACACCGUGCACGGAUACCGCCAUCAGAAGGCAGAGACAAAGCCCUAGCCGGGGCUGGGAGGGGGUCCUGGAGGCAGACAGGCUGCAGGGAGAGGGGCUGAGGCAUCCUGGCUGUCUGGCAGUGCCCAGGGUGGGAGAAGAGGACCAGGCCUCCCAGGUUCUCCCAGCUCUGGGGAGCUUGGGAGCUGAUAUUUAGGGGUCCUCAACCCAGGGCAGGGCAGGAGACCAACUCUGCCUCUUGGCGAGGGGAGAUGCAUCCCCCUCCCCGGCAGUACAAGAAGCCCCAGCUCCUCACUCAGCCUCUCGCAGCAGCAGCAUUUGCCUUCCUCAAUAAAAACUUCA